GGCAUCUCGCUCUUUUCGCCCCGAUGAGGUGCAUAUGUGAGGCGUGCAGUUGACAUGCGGCCGCACUUCGAAGACGACCCCGAUCUGCCCCCGCUGCAGGGGGGGCGGUGGGUGCUCACGUCGACGCCGACGGCGACGCCUCGGUCCAGUUUCCGAUCGGUGCAAGGCCGGCUACAAGUCGACUUCGAAGACAUGGGGGAGUCCGGGGGCAGACUGGCCCGGAUCAAAGAGUUUUGCUUCAAGAGGUCCAUUCUCAUCUUCAUCACGCUGGCCUCCUUCGGGGGUGCCGCCUUCCUCGUCGGACUCGGUCUCAACGCCCAGACUGUGUUCCCGGGCUCCGACCCGAACGCCCUGGAAUCGCCCAGUGUCGACAGUAGACCCUUGUCCGCGUCUGAGUCCCUCGUAGCGUCAGGCAACCGCUUCAGAGAGCCCGAGAGAGUCUACGAGCUGAGAGAGUUGACGUCCUGCCCGGAACACGAGGGCCUGCAACUCUACCCCCAUCCCAAGUACUGCGAUCAGUUCUACAAGUGCGCCAAUGGCACCCUGUCGUUGGAGACGUGCGAGAACGGCCUGCUCUUCGACGGGAAGGGAUCCGUCUACAACUACUGCAACUACCACUGGGCCGUGGAGUGCGGUCAAGCGAGGAUAGCCGACAUUCCGGCUAUCAGGAGUCCAGGAUGCGAGUUUCGCUUCGGGAUCUUCCCCAAGUCCUCCCACUGCGAGACGACCUACAUCAAGUGCGAAUUCGGGAUCCCCGACGAGAAGAGCUGCAUCGCCGGCCUCGCCUACGACGACAGGGUCCACCAGUGCAACUGGCCCGACCUGACUCCCGACUGCGACCCAGAGGAGAUCGUGAACUUCAAAUGCCCCGACAAGCUGCCGCCAGGUUCCCUGGCCAGGAAGUUCCUCCCCUUCCCCCGCUUCUCCGCGGGCGACUGCCAGUCCCUGAUCGUCUGCGUGAACGGCUACCCGAGGAGAGUCCAGUGCGAAGUCGGGAAGGUCUUCAAUCGAAUUACGCUUUCCUGCGACUAUCCCGAGAACGUCCCCGAGUGGUGA